AUGGGGAAUAAACAGACCAUCUUUACAGCUCAGCAGCUAGACGCCUAUCAGGAUUGUACAUAUUUCACAAGAAAAGAAAUUCUCAGGCUUUUCUACCGCUAUAGGGAUUUGGCACCGCAGCUCGUUCCCCUUGACUACACCAACCAACCAGAUGUGACGCUACCAUAUGAGCUGAUUGGCACCAUGCCCGAGCUGAAGGACAACCCAUUUCGUCAGAGGAUCGCCGAGGUUUUCUCAGAGGACGGAGAGGGAAACAUGACCCUGGACGACUUUCUGGACAUGUUCUCAGUCCUGAGCGAGAUGGCCCCGCGUGACCUCAAGGCCUACUACGCUUUCAAGAUCUACGAUUUCAACAACGACGACUUCAUCUGCAGGGCCGACCUGGAGAAAACCCUGAACAAACUGACCCGUAACGAGCUGACGGAGGACGAGGUGAGGAUGGUGUGUGAGAAAGUGAUCGAUGAAGCCGACCUGGACAACGACGGGCGUCUGUCACUCGAGGACUUCCAGCACAUGAUUGUUCGAGCACCAGACUUCCUCAGCACCUUCCACAUAAGGAUCUGA